AUGCUGGUCCCCGCCCUCCUCGUCCUCUUAUUCUGCCUCAGAGGGCAUGCAGGCCUGUCACCCCACUUCCUGCAACAGCCCAAGGACCUGGUGGUCCUGCUAGGGGAUGAGGCCCGGCUGCCCUGUGCCCUGGGCACAUACUCGGGAGUGGUCCAGUGGACUAAGGAUGGGCUGGCUCUAGGGGGUGAGAGGGACCUGCCAGGGUGGUCCAGGUACUGGAUAUCAGGGGAUGCAGCCAGAGGCCAGCACGACCUCCACAUUAGGCCUGUAGAACUAGAGGAUCAAGCAUCAUAUGAGUGUCAAGCUACACAGGCAGGCCUCCGCUCUCGACCAGCUCAGUUGCAUGUGCUGGUACCCCCAGAAGCCCCUCAGGUGCUGGGCAGCCCCUCUGUGUCUCUGGUUGCUGGGGUUCCUGCAAAUCUGACCUGUCGGAGCCGUGGGGACGCCCGUCCCACCCCUGAGCUGCUGUGGUUUCGUGAUGAGGUCCAGCUGGAUGGGGCUACCUCCUAUCAGACCCUGCUGAAGAAAGGAACCAUUGAGUCCGUGGAGAGCAUCUUAUCCUUUACCCCUUCCAGCCAUGAUGAUGGAGCCACCUUGGUCUGCCGGGCCCGAAGCCAGGCCUUGCCUGAGGGAAAGGACACAGCUAUCACACUGAGCCUGCAGUACUCUCCAGUGGUGACUCUGUCUGCAGAACCACAGACUGUGCAGGAGGGAGAGAAGGUCACUUUCCUAUGCCAGGCCAGGGCCCAGCCUCCUGUUACAGGCUAUCGGUGGGCAAAAGGGGGCUCUCCAGUGCCCGGGGCCCGAGGACCAAUGUUGGAGGUGGUGGCUGACACCUCAUUCCUAACUGAGCCAGUGUCCUGCGAAGUCAGCAACGCUGUGGGUAGUGUCAACUGCAGCACCGCACUGGAUGUACAGUUCGGACCGAUACUACAGGCAAAGCCAGAGCCUAUGUCUGUAGACCAGGGGGAAGAAGCUUCCUUUAGCUGUGCCUGGCACGGGAACCCGCUCCCACGGGUAACCUGGACCCGCCACGGGGGUGCACAGGUGCUGGGCUACGGGCCCACGCUGCGUCUUCCUUCGGUUGGGCCAGAGGAUGCAGGCGACUAUGUGUGCAGGGCUGAGACGGGGCCCUCUGGCCUAGGGGGCGGCGCUGCAGAGGUUAGGUUGACUGUGAACGCUCCCCCAGUAGUGACCGCCCUGCAUUCAUCGACUGCCUUUCUGAGGGGUCCCGCCCGCCUCCAGUGUCUAGUCUUCGCCUCCCCCGCCCCAGAAGCCGUGGUCUGGUCUUGGGAUGAGGGCUUCCUGGAGAAGGGUUCCAGGGGUCGGUUCCUUGUGGAGACUUUCCCAGCCCCCGAGGGCCGAAUUGGACAGGGUCCAGGCCUGAUCUCCGUGCUACACAUUUCGGGAACCCAGGAGUCUGACUUCAGCCGCGGCUUCAACUGCAGUGCUCGUAACCGGCUGGGCGAAGGAGACACCUGGAUCAGCCUGGGCCGAAGAGAAGUGCUGCCUACUAUACAGAUUGUGGCAUAUACUAUAUGGAUCAUUAUAGUCAUCACUGGGGUAGCCCUCUGCUGCUGGUGCCAAGGCAAGGCUCUGCCUCUGUCCUCCCACCCUCACCCACUGUUCUUGGCCUCAGCCUCUUUCUCCAAGCAAAAGAACCAGGUUCACAUACCAGGAAGCAGCCAUGGUUCCAGUUUGCGGGGCCCUGAGGAAGAGGAGACAGGCAGCAGUGAGGACCAGGGCUCCAUCAUGCACAUGGACAGCAGUGACCUGGUUCUGGAUGAAGAGGGAGCUCUGGAGACUAAGGACCCAACCAAUGGUUACUACAAGGUUCAAGGAGUCAGUGUGAGCCUGAACCUUGGCAAAACCCCUGGAGAUGGCCUCUUCCUGCCACCUUCUUCUCCCCUUGGACCUCUGAGUACCCCUCCUUUCUAUGACUUCAACUCACACCUAGGCAUGCCUCGCCCCUGCAAACUAUCUAGAACCCAGGCAGGUUAUCUCACCACACCCCAUUCUCGAGCUUUUACCAGCUACAUCAAACCCACAUCCUUUGGGCCCCCAGAUAUAGCCCCUAGGACUCCCCCGUUCCUAUAUGCUUCCUUCCCCACACCUAGCCACUGUCGUCUCCAAACACAUGUGUAG